GUUUACAAAUAAACAGCACGUUGAUGGCUAUAUUAGCCUAUAUGAGGAAAAAACAUUGUGAUUGUGGGAAAAACAUUGAACCUGUAGUGUUCGGAAAAUGCAAACAUCUGUCAAUGCAUGUCCGGUUGGUGCCCAGUGUAACGAAAACAGUAAAAUCAGCACAGAAAGUGUCACAUGUGAUGAUGAAGCUGCAUCCUUCAAGCUUGUGGCAGUUGCAAGGGAAGCGCCAAUGCCUGAUGGUUCCCAAGUGUAUGAACUUGUAUGGCAAACACCACCGUCUGUUAUCUUACCAUCAGUAACUCUUCCUGAAAAUGGGGAAAUACGUGAUGCAGACCAAACAUGUAUUAUGUCCCAAAGAAAAAGAGAGAAAAAGAGACCAUUUUCACCAGAUAUUAUAAUCCCAAGGAAGAAGAUUAUGAAAAAGAAAGUAACAAAGAAACCUAAAAAAUGUUCUUUUGUAGAUGAUGAUAUUCAAGAAAAGAAAUUUUCCUGUGAAAAAUGCAGUUCACCAUAUGUUGUAAAUCCAUUGCGUUCUCAUCCUGCCACUCAUAAGCAACGUGCACCUCGAAGGGUCUUUGAUCCUUCCACUCAGAAGAUUAUGUUGCUGUGCAAUGCAUGUGGCCUUACAGCACGUAGAAUUAACAAGAAAUCUGAGCAAAAGGAAACAAAUGAUCUCACUAAAGAAAAAGAAAUGUACCUAGAAGAAGCUGAAAGGUUUGCAUCUUCGUUGGCAUCAGACCUUCAAGAGGAUGAUGCUAGACGGCUCUACUGUCCAGCAUUCAAAACAAAAGCUUGCCGUUGCCUUCAGGACCACAUAAUGUCAGCAGGUCCAGAAGAAGUACGUUCCCGCUCACUGCAUUUAAUAAAUCUAAUAAAAGAUGCCAAACUGCUUGUCAAACAGAAGUGUACUAUUGUGGAGGAGCAUAGUGAUACACUGAAAGAAAAAGCUGUAAAUGGAUUUGAAGAAAGCAACAGCAAUGAGUCUACUGCUCACAGUGAUGUUGCAAAACCAUCAAACACAAGGCGUGGACUUUGUAAUCGACGAAGCAAGGCAUAUGAAAGUUUUGUGUUGAAGAAUAGACAUCACCUGAAAACUGAGCUACGUUUAUGUGAACGUGCUUGCCAGAGAGUUCUGAUGUACUCCAAUAACUUCCUACACAGGCAGCUGAAAACUUCACCUAACCAAGGAAGGCAUUCUGGUCGAAAGGUUACGUUUUUAGUAAUCUUUUUGUUGUGUCUGUCUGCAAAUCAAAAUCUCCACUGUAUGUUUGUUCUUGUUAGGAAUGCUCGGGUGGAACGGACAUUGGGGAGAAAUGCAAAAGGUCUUUUGCACCCCAUUUCAGAGAUAGCAUCACUAUCAUGCUGUGGUGAUGGAUGUGUGGCAUUGGCCCAUACACACCCUCGCCUAUUAGAAUCAUGGCGUAGCGAAGCAGCUGCUGGGCAACGCCGUGCUCGUCGAGCUCUUGCUGAAAUGCUCACCCCUUCUGGUGGCACCAAGGCAAACUGCUACAAGUUCAUUUCUCUUGUAACAGGUUGCAGCUAUACAACCAUUUGUCAAGUGAGUGAACAAAUGCGCAGAACGAAAGGUGACAGAGAGCCACACGAACAUGGUCUGAAACGAUGGUGGCGUGAGCAUCGUGGGACAAAAAAUGCCAUUACACACCAACUUAAAGAAAGCAGUCCAAAACCAGCAACAGCAGAUAACAGUUCUUUGUCAGAACUGCAACAAGAAAGACAGAGAGUAGAAGAGCUAACUCAGGAAUUGCAGAGAACUCAAGAAAGGCUACAGCAUUUGGAACAGACAGCAAAGGUGCAUUUACUGUCGGAGUCUUAUGUUCAACCCCAACAGCAAAUUGUUCAUGUUGUUGAGAUCCCUCAUUCACAAGUGUUAACAGGAGAGACAGCAUCAGUACAAAUUUUAAAUGUCAGUGGAGAGUUGGAGACUCUCACAAAUAUUGGAGUCAGUCUUCCUACAAUGAGCAGUGUUGUUGUGUUAUCUGACACUACUAUGUUGCAUCCUGAUCCAGCUCCAGCAGCAGCAUUUGGAGGGCAGCUGAUACCUUCAGCUGAUACAGCUGGUGUCCUACACCAGUGUGAUGUAUCUCGUGUGCAGUUUCUUGAGUGAUAACAGAAAAUCCUUCAGGUUUCAAGAUAUAGGUUAACUGUGAUUACAUUUUACCAAAGUUUUAUUCACAAACAUGCCACAUGAAUUCAAUGCCAAAACUGAAGGCCUCAGAAAUGAAUAAACUAAGGACUAUAUGUACCAAAAUGCUGAAUAUAGAAGUGUUAUCAGAGGAGUGGAGGGAGUAAAAAUAAACAUAUGUCAUCCUAGUUCCCCCUAUAGUGACAGCAGCAAUAAGUUCCUUUGCUUCCAUACAGUGUAAUUACAUGUGUGACUUGAUGGCUCUGCAGGUAAGGGGCAUAUUAUGGCCUAUCUGUAAACUGAAGAGCAAGCAGGCGAGCCCCCACUCACUGUAACCAGUUAUGUCAAGAAGCAUGCAAAAUUGCUAUACAGUUUCGAUUUCACAUUGUACUGUAGGCCCAUAAGUAACUUGCUGGGUAACCAUUUUCCAGGUUAUGUGAAAGCAAAGUUCAUGCCCAGUAAAGAGCAUUAUUGGUUUCAAACAUAUCUGUGGGCUGUGAAACACUGUCAGCCAUUGAUAGUGUGCUUCUGGGUGUUCUCCUGAGUUGUUGAUUCCAUUUUAUGCAUAGUAUUUCAAUGACAGACCCAGCCAUUAUCUUCAGGUGCUGCGAGUACACAUAACAGUAAUACUGGUCACACACUUUUAUUUGGCCCCUCAGUGAUCGGCGCAUGUCGUAUGACUUCAUGCCACUCCAGAAUGUUUACACUCAUUGCCAACCUUACGUACAUUAUUUACAGAAAUGAGCAAAGAGCUUGUUCUUGGUCCUUCUAGUGACUCACGCCGGCCGGAGUGGCUGAGCGGUUCUAGACGCUGCAGUCUGGAACCGCGCGACUGCUACGGUCGCAGGUUCGAAUCCUGCCUCAGGCAUGGAUGUGUGUGAUGUCCUUAGGUUAGUUAGG